CCGACCCCUUGGCGGAUGCUGUACCAUAAUUGCGUAUUAUGUGACAAAAAACCGAAUAAGCGCGCUAUUAGCAAACGUGUAUAGAGCGCAUUAUUGGUAACAAAUUAUUAUUCAGCAUGACGAACACCCCAUUGUCCACGUAUUAGAACGAACGGUUCCGAUGGAUAGAAAAUUGAAUUAUGAUUGAUAAUUUAGCUCCAGUAUUCACCCAGAACUUCUUGUCUUAUUGUAUGAAACACUCUAGAACAAGAAAGUCGAGGAACAAUAGAACGGAAUUAUAAUUUGUGUAUUUUAAAGAGACUAACAAUUCUGCCAGAAUAAGAAAAGUUAUCCAUUUUAGAGAUACGAUUUCAAACUAGAUAAAAGAUGUUUUGUUUUCAUUGUCCACCGGGGUUACACCCAGCUUCCAGACCCCUAGGUAUGGACCUACCAUUCCAAGCUCACCCAUCAUUCGCUGGGUAUGGCCUUCAUAGUGAUCUACAUGACGAUGCUUUUGCUAGACGCAAGCAAAGAAGGAACAGAACAACCUUCACUCUACAACAGCUUGAAGAGCUAGAGAAGGCGUUUGCACAGACUCAUUACCCAGAUGUGUUCACGAGAGAAGAUCUUGCCAUGCGGAUCAAUCUUACAGAGGCUAGAGUACAGGUUUGGUUCCAAAAUAGAAGAGCUAAAUGGAGAAAAAGUGAACGAUUCACACAGAGGCCACCGUCUUCAAAAGACGGAAAUGACAAUGCUGAAGAUGUAAAAUCUGAUAACGAGGCUGAAGACCCGGAUGUUUGUGGGGAUGUAUCUGACACAUGCCUGGAACCAGAAGAAAAUGACGAACAUCGUUUUGAAGGAGAAAGACUUUUGCCCCAACAAGACGAUUUUCACGAUUUAGAAAAAAAUAACAAUGAGGAAAAUAGUAGUGAAAAUGAUAAUCAUCACAUGGAUAGCGUUAUAGUAACACAACAUACACCAGAAAAGAAGGUUGCUACAGCAACUGAAGAUAUUUCUGACCAUGUCGUUGAAGAUUUAUCAUCAGCGCCAUCUUCCAAAUCAGACAUUGAUUUGAUCAAUCCACCACCGGCUCACUCAAUUCAUAGCAUUGUUUCUAAUAAUAAUGAUCAAAUGAUAGAAUCCAAUGAUACACCACAAUCAAAAUCACCGGAAGACGACAGUAACUCGUCUCCAGUCAGGUCUACUGGUUCGCCAGUGUCACCACUAGCGUCUCUUGCCCUCGUGAAUACAGCGCGUGCCAACAUGAUGAUGAAUUCUAAACCGAUGUUACAACAUUCAUUUACACAGACGCUAAUGGCACUCAGUAACAACGCCAUGAAUAGACCAGCGUUCUUCCCAAUGCUAGAAAGCAACUACAAACAAUACCUGGACAACUACUUCUCCCCCAGACCUCUGUUUCCCGCACAUUUCUCGGCACAUCCAGCCUUUAAAGGCUACAUGCCAUUAUGUGGAUGCUGUGGAACACGAGGCCCAUGUACGUCUAUGAUGGCUGGACACGAGACACGCACGAGCAGCGUUGCCGAGCUACGAAGGCGCGCACGUGAACAUUCCGAGGCCCUGUCAACAACCCCGACCGAGAGUGGAAUUCAGAGGCCCUGAAAACUCUUUUGUAAACCAGUUAUUGAAUUUUUGGACUCACAGGGCUCCUUGUCAACAAGAAAUUACAAAAUUACUUCCGGGAACAGACAUCUUUCUGCUUAACUUCAAAUAUGGUUUUGAAAAAAUACCAUAAAGUUCUAUUCUUUGUUAUGAAUGAUGCAGAAAGUUGAUCAUAAUUAUAUCUUACUUUCUGGAAACUCGAGGAGACAUCUGUACUUUGAUAAGCAGUGCUGAACUUUUUCAAACAUGUCUUAAAACUGUGCUUUUGUACACUAAAUGUAUUUUCGCCUGUUUUGAUUUUAAUGAAUUGAUAACCUCGUAAAAACCACCGAUAGUGUUAUUCAAAAGAAAAGACAAUGUCGCGAAACAUUCAUGUUCAGAAAGUUUACAUGGUGUAAAUACAUGAAUAACUAUUAAAUUUUGACAGUGUUUACAUGAAUAACUUUUAAAUUUUGACAGUGUUUACAUAAAAUACAUAAAAAAACUAUUAAACUGAUUACAUGUUUUGUACAUUAGAAUGAAUUCAAUAUGAUUUUUCUUGGUUUUUAGAGUGGUCUAAAUUAAAUUUGGUUUGUAUUAUAUACACAUACAAAUGUAUCAAAACAAAACAAAUAAGGAAUAUUGGCACCUCUAAUGACAUGUUAAGAAAGAUUUAGUUGAUAUGUAUAAUACCAAUGCAAGGCCUUUAAACAUUUUAUUUUUUCUUACUCGAUCGAAUCUCACCAGAUCUUAAAAGAUUUUUGCAAGAUGUUCUUAUUUUCUCAUUUCUUAUUUAUUUUCUUUUAAACCUUGAUACAAUGUAAACGUUACAUAGUUUUAUUUUAACAUUUUAUGAAGCAACAGAUGUUGAUUGAUGAAUAUAAAAUCUCUGAAAUGUUUAAUAUUUCACUUAAAUACUUUUUGGACAGAAUUAAGCUCUCAGAUAUCUGACUGACACUGGAAUUAGAGACAUGAUUUUAUUAAUCAUGCAUCAAUGUUUUCUAGUUGUUUUACUUCUUCUUUUUUUUUUGGAAAUGAAUAAUAAUGGCUAGAAGUUAUGAUCUUUCAAAAUCAUGAUAAUAGAUAAAAAAAUAAUUAUAACUUUAUAUACAAAUCACUUUUUCCGAUAAAUAAAAAAAAUAAGAUUUUUUUUUUAUAAUAUACUUUACAUUAAACUGUCACGAUGAAAGAAAUAAUUGUUACAUUAAUACUAACAAAAAUUAAUUUUGAAUAAUGCUUCACAUGUUUGUUUGAACAUGUCUACAGUUGACAUUUUUCUCACUUGGUAUUUAUUUCAUGCCAGAUUCAAAUAAAAGAUCACAGUUCAAACUUAUAAAAAUUAGGAUAUGAAGAUGAAUAAGAAAUAGUGUAUGUGUACACAUAUCAUUUUUUUAACAAAUGAGCCGUGUCACGACAAAACCAACAUAAUGGAUUUGCGACCAGCAUGGAUCCAGACCAGCCUGCGCAUCCGCGCAGUCUGAUCAGGAUCCAUGCUGUUCGCUUACAAACCCUAUUACAAGUAGAGAAACUGAUAGCGAACAGCAUGGAUCCUGAUCAGACUGCGCGGAUGCAUUAUGUUGGUUUUGUCAUGACACGGCUCAAAUGUGCAAUAGCGGCAUUAAACCUGACACAUGCAGAAACCACUUUAUAAAGCAAUAACUGCUGAAGAAUAUUACAUUGUAUAAUCAUUUGAAAAAAUCGCAUGGUGCAUUCAAAUGGUUUCUGUAGCGUAUUGUUCGAAGUUUUAAGUUAAGACUGAACAAAUUAUUUCAUUGUUUGUCUAAGUGGAAAUUAGAGAUGAUCAAUCAUCACAUUUUUUUUUCAAAUCAAGUGCUAUAAAAUGCUAUUGUUCUUAUCUUAUCUUACCAAAUAACCAUUCUGCUUCUUGCAGAAAACCUAUCAUAGCUUUAUCCCAACCGUUCACGAUUUUUUUUAGAUUAUUAUGUAUUAUUUAAAUGAUAUUAUUUAAACACUCAGUUGUCCAUCUGUGUUGGAAAUCGAUAUGUACAUAUGUGAAUUUAUAAGCAUGAGCAGACAACUUUGGUGAACAAUUGACAUUCAGAAACUAACUGAAUAUUUUUUUUAUUUAUAUUUUUAACACUUUACAUAUAGUUACAAUAUUAUACGACGUUAUUUUGUCAUCUCUAUUAAAUAAGUGCUAUAUUGAUGUAAAUUGCCAACUUUUUUAAUUAAUGGCUUCAUAUUGUUAUAUAUUUUGUUUAUUUCAUAGUUUAUGAAUUGUGACUUUCACAAAUAAAGCU